ACUGCAGCACAUAAAAACAAAAUGAACAGGUUGGAAGUUUAUAAGUCACAUUUUCUUUCUCCUGCUCUUAGUAAUUUUAGAAGUAGCAAGAUUGCACUUAAAGGAGCAGCAAAUACAAAUGUUGAUGAUCGGAAGAAUCUGAUGAAGGAACUAGAACGACUUGGGGUAAAAGAUGUCGAAGUUGAAGCACCACCUAUGGGCUAUGAGGAGCACUUCAGGACUCUGCUGACUCCAGAGGCAGUGAUUUUUCUUGCUGACCUAUGUAGAACAUUUGACAGAGAUGUGCACCAGUUGCACCAAAGAAGACUCAUUAGAAAAGUGCAACUCGAUCAAACAGGAGCUCUUCCCGAUUUCCACCCAGAUUCUGCUAGCAUUCGCCAGGCUGACUGGAAAGUGAAGCCAGUACCACGGCGUCUGCAGUGCCGGCAUGUUGAUCUAGGGGAUGUUUCUCCUUCCAACACAGAGCAUUUUGUCAAAGCACUACGCUCCACUGCCCAGGGAAUUCAGACUGACUUUGACGAUGGCCACUGUCCGACUUGGUCUAAUCAGCUUCUGGGCUGGUAUAAUGUUUACCUGUCUGUCCACAACCUUUUGCCAGAUGUUCCGUGUAUUGAGAAAGCCCCAGUUUUGAUGUUAAGACCUCGUGCUUGGAACAUGGUGGAGCACAGUAUUUUGGUGGCAGGUCAAGAGGUCCCAGGUCCCCUGGUAGACUUUGGGCUGUUGAUGUUCCAUGUUGGUCAGAGGCUGUUUAAGAUGGAAAGUGGGCCAUACUUCUAUUUGUCCAAGGUAGAGGGGUUCUUGGAAGCUCGUUUGUGGGAUAAAAUAUUUACCUGGACAGAACAAAAGCUUGGUCUCCCGCAUGGCAGCAUUAAAGCCUGUGUUCUCAUUGAGAACAUCCUGGCCACAUUUGAGAUGGAAGAAAUCUUAUACGAGCUAAGAGACCACUCAGCCGGACUGAACUGUGGGAUAUGGGACUAUUCUGCAUCAUUUGUGAACAAGUUUGGUCACAGAAAAGAUUUUGUCCUGCCUGAUCGCAGCAAAUAUGUAAACAUGGACCGUCACUUCUUGAAAAGCUAUAUGGAUCUUCUCAUUCAAAUUUGUCACAAACGUGGUUGUCACGCUACUGGGGGCAUGUCAGCAUUGUUGUUGCCAGAUGACUGGGUUGCUAGGCAACAGGUGAUUGAAAGAGCAGCAAGUUCAAAAUUGAAAGAGAUCCAUGCUGGUGUAGACGGCUUUAUGGUGUAUGAUGUUGGCCUUGUUAAAGUCAUGCAAGAGCUAUUUAAGCGUUUUGCACCUGGUGUCAAUCAGAAUGGUGUUAAGAGGAUGGACGUGAAAGUGACCGCAGGUGAUUUGCUGAGAAUGCCAGCUGGAGGAGUAACAGAAGAAGGUCUUCUGCACAACAUCAGUGUAGGUGUACUCUUUAUUGAAGCAUGGCUUCGAGGAAAAGGGCAUUUCUAUUAUAAAGGGUGUGUGGAAGAUUCAGCCACAGCAGAAAUUUCACGCUCACAGGUUUGGCAGUGGAUCAAGCAUCAGGCUUAUAUAGAGGGCACCACUGUCAAAGUGACAAGACACCUGGUUCAGGAGGCUAUUGGGAAAUUAGUACAACAAACCAUGCUCAGCCCUCACUUUGAUUUCAACUCUGAGCCCUCUAGGCACAGACUUUUGGCUGCAGCAGAAAUAUUUGAAGAGAUAGUCACCAAGCGAGACUUCCCAGCAUUUGUCACUACGUACUUGUACGAGUCUCGUACAUUUUUGAAUGCACAUUCCUAUCAUGUGAAACGACAUGUGUAAACUGUGUUAUUAUACAUUUUUAUUUUAUUUUAUCAUAAUUGUUUUAUUUGUUUUUGUUUUUGUUUUUUUUUUUUUUGGGGGGGGGGGAGGAGGUUAUAAUAUGAACUAGGAAUACUAAUAAAUAUAAAGAAAUGAUUUUAUAAUUUAUCAUUGGUGCUGAUAUUACAGUAUUAUUUCUCAUUUUGUUAAUUCUAUCAAGAAUUACAUGUAGAAGUCAGUUUAAAAUUUAAACUUUUGCUUAAUUGCAAAACAUUAAGCAGGAAAUUAGUCUGACUUUAAAGAUCUUAAAUCUCUGUAUGUAUUACUAGUAGUAGGCUAUAAUGAAAGGUCAAAAUGUUGGUGAAUUCAGUGACCACUUGCUGAUAUACAGAGGGACAAAGCAGACAAGUCUAUAUUUUAGUUGAGUUUAAUUCAGUUAAAUUGGGUUCAAGGUCCUAUCAGGAAUAAUGCAGUCAGCCAGUUCUUAGAGUAAAAGGAAAGUUAAUUUUUUU